AUGGUCGUGGCCAGGCCCAGCUUUGCUCAAUCUGGUUUGGCUCAGCCCAGCUCAACCCAGUACGGCUCAGCCCAACUUGGCUCAACCUGGUUUGGCUCAACCUGGUUUGGCUCAACCAAGCUUGGCUCAACCAGGCUUGGCUCAACCAGGCUUGGCUCAGCCCAGGUCAGCGCAGUUCAGCUCAGCCCAUCUCAACCUGGUUCGGCUCAGCCCAACUUGGCUCAACCAGGCUUGGCUCAACCUGGUUCGGCUCAACCUGGCUUGGCUCAACCUGGUUCAGCACAGCCCAGCUCCGCACAAUUCGGUUUGGCUCAGCCCAUCUCAACCCAGUUCAGUUCAGCCUAA